AUGUCUUUGGAGGAGAUGAAAGAUCUCCACCUGGAGGAUAAAUACCUGCAACCGGAAACCAAGGAAGUGAAUGGAAUCCUCAUGACCAAGAUGAUAAGCGAUAACUGGGACAAAAUCUGGAAUUUUCAAGCCAAGCCUGAUGACCUUCUCAUUGCAACCUACGCAAAGGCAGGUACCACCUGGACCCAGGAGAUCGUGGACAUGAUCCAGAAUGACGGGGAUCUGCAGAAGUGUCAGCGGGCCAACACCUUUGACCGGCACCCUUUCAUCGAGUGGGCGCUCCCCCCGCCCCUCAGCUCAGGUCUGGAUCUCGCCAACAAGAUGCCUUCUCCGAGGACUCUGAAGACGCACCUCCCUGUUCAGAUGCUCCCACCUUCCUUCUGGAAAGAGAACACAAAGAUCAUCUAUGUGGCCAGGAACGCCAAGGACUGCCUGGUAUCCUACUACCAUUUCUCAAGAAUGAAUAAGAUGGUGCCAGACCCUGGCUCCUGGGAGGAGUAUAUCGAGACCUUCAAAGGUGGGAAAGUGCUGUGGGGCUCCUGGUACGACCACGUGAAGGGCUGGUGGCACGCCAAGGACCAGCAUCGCAUCCUCUACCUCUUCUACGAGGACAUGAAGGAGGAUCCAAAGCGGGAAAUUCAGAAGAUCCUGAAGUUCCUGGAGAAAGAGGUGUCGGAGGAAGUUCUGGACAAAAUCAUCCAUCACACGUCCUUUGAGGUCAUGAAGGAGAACCCGAUGGCCAACUACACCACGCUGCCCACCAGCAUCAUGGACCACUCCAUCUCCCCGUUCAUGAGGCGAGGAAUGCCUGGGGACUGGAAGAACUACUUCACCGUGGCUCAGAACGAGGACUUCGACAAGGACUAUGAGAGGAAGAUGGCUGGGAGCACCCUGACCUUCCGCACGGCCCUCUGA